GCCUGUGAAUAAACUGCGGGCCAAUGUCCACUGAGGAUUUUCAAGUGCAAGAUAUAUAUAGAUAUUCGCGAAAAUCAUUUAAGAAUAAUCGCACAAACAUUAUUCAAGACUUUUCAGAAUACGGGCAAGAUAACCAGGUUGAUUUAACAGAUUCACCAAGAAACGAUUAUAUUUCACCAGAAGUCGAAGCGCCCAGAUGUAGCUGUGAUGACUCUGAAGGUGAAAUUGCAAACAUUCUACAUAAAAAAUGCCCUGUAAUUGUGUUAGCACAACAACAACUACAAAGACUUUUAAAUGAAACUGAUCGACUCUUUUGCGACAAUAAUAACUAUCGCAGAUCAAUGAAUGAUUUCUUGUACUUCUGUAAGGAAGCAAUAUUGAAAGAGAAUAGAUGCCAAUGUGCAUUAAUUAUUCUAGCUUUUCUAUCAUUUUUCAUAGGACUUUUAAUUGGUGCUUCAUCUUGCGGAACAUAUUUAAGAAAAUUUAACAGCCCUAUACUCUCAUGUAUUGACAAUUACUUUAUAUCUGAUAAGCAUUCUCAAGACACCGCUUUUCGGGCUAUUGUUUAA